AUGACCCACAGAUUAGGACAGAUUUAUUCCAGCAUCGCUGGCCGUGUCCUGGGCCAAAGGAUCGCCGUCGCCCCCAAGAGUGCUGUCCUCGAGAUCGACGACGAGGGGAACGAGAAGGAAUCCGCCAGCAGGGGAGCCGUGCACGCUUAUCCAUCGUCUCCAGUCCCCAUCGUCUCCAGUCCCCUUAGUUUCCAGUCCUCAUCGUCUCCAGUCCCCAUCGUCUCCAGUCCCCACAGUCUCCAGUCCUCAUCGUUUCCAGUCCCCAUCGUCUCCAGUCCUCAUCGUCUCCAGUCCACAUCGUCUCCAGUAUACAUCGUCUCCAGUCCCCAUCGUCUCCAGUCCCCAUCGUCUCCAGUCCCCAUCGUCUCCAGUCCCCAUCGUCUCCAGUCCCCAUCGUCUCCAGUCCCCAUCGUCUCCAGUCCCCAUCGUCUCCAGUCCCCAUCGUCUCCAGUCCCCAUCGUCUCCAGUCCCCUUAGUUUCCAGUCCUCAUCGUCUCCAGUCCCCAUCGUCUCCAGUCCCCUUAGUUUCCAGUCCUCAUCGUCUCCAGUCCCCAUCGUCUCCAGUAUCCAUCGUCUCCAGUCCCCAUCGUCUCCAGUCCCCUUAGUUUCCAGUCCUCAUCGUCUCCAGUCCCCAUCGUCUCCAGUCCCCACAGUCUCCAGUCCUCAUCGUUUCCAGUCCCCAUCGUCUCCAGUCCUCAUCGUCUCCAGUCCACAUCGUCUCCAGUAUACAUCGUCUCCAGUCCCCAUCGUCUCCAGUCCCCAUCGUCUCCAGUCCUCAUCGUCUCCAGUCCCCAUCGUCUCCAGUCCCCAUCGUCUCCAGUCCCCAUCGUCUCCAGUCCCCAUCGUCUCCAGUCCCCAUUGUCUCCAGUCCCCAUCGUCUCCAGUAUCCAUCGUCUCCAGUCCCCAUCGUCUCCAGUCCCCAUUGUCUCCAGUCCCCAUCGUCUCCAGUCCACAUCGUCUCCAGUCCACAUCGUCUCCAGUCCACAUCGUCUCCAGUCCUCAUCGUCUCCAGUCCACAUCGUCUCCAGUAUCCAUCGUCUCCAGUAUCCAUCGUCUCCAGUCCCCGUAG